AUGAAUAGAUAUAAAUAUGCUUUAGGUUUAGUGUGUAUAAUGUUGCAGUUUCUGGAUCAGGCCGACUGCCAAAGACAACAAAGACAGCAAAAGCCGCCUGCAUCCCAGCAACCAGCUCCCAAGCCAGAAACGCCUCAAAAAGCGCAAUCCAUACGAGAUCUCUUCAACACGACUUCAUGUCUGGAACCACCGUUCACAUGUCCUCAUCCUCGAAUUCAGAUGUACCUUUACACAAGAUCCACCCAACAGGAACCAGAAUUCAUCAAUGUUUUAGACAAAAGUUCACUUACCAACUCACAUUUCAAUCCAACUCACCCUGUCAAGAUUGUGAUCCACGGUUUUGGCGGUGGCAGAAAUCUUUCUCCCAGCACUGAUAUGCGAAAUGCAUAUUUCAAACGUGGAGAAUACAACAUUUUUAUUGUAGACUAUGGUAGUGCCGUAGUUGAGCCCUGUUUAAGUCAAAUGGCCUGGGCACCCAGAUUCGCCAGUCAAUGUAUCGCCCAACUAGUCAAGUAUCUUCAAUACCACCCUAAUGGUGUUCAGCCCGACAGAUUGCAUUUAAUAGGUUAUAGUGUUGGUGCGCAUAUUGCGGGAUUGGUGCCAAAUCAUAUGAAUAAAGGAAAACUAGGGCGCAUCACAGGUCUAGAUCCAACAAUUAUUUUUUACAUGGGUAACAACAGAUCUCUGGAUUUGGAUCCAACCGAUGCCAAUUUUGUAGAUGUCAUUCACACUGGCGCCGGUAUUCUAGGACAAUGGGGUCCAACAGGUCAUGCGGAUUUUUAUGUUAAUGGGGGAUCUAGUCAACCGGGAUGUGCCAGCACGACACUUUUUAAGACAUUAUCGUGCGACCACACAAAAGUAACACCUUAUUUCAUCGAAAGCAUCAACAGUCCGAAAGGCUUCUGGGCCGGGCCUUGUGCCAAUCUGAUCUCUUAUCUAAUCGGAUGGUGCGAACCGAAGGAUGAUGAAUAUGUCCUAAUGGGAGAACACAUAUCACAUAAAGCACGAGGAAUCUAUUAUGUGACAACCAACGCAAAACCUCCAUAUGCCAAAGGAUUUCCAGGAAAAGGACGCCAUAGAAGGGCGCAAUCUCUUCGAGGAGGAUUAGCUUUUACAUCACGAACUCGUACUGUAUAAGCAAGUAAUUUUAUCGUAUAUUGUAUUAGUACCUGGAAAAUAGUUCUCAGUUCUAUUAGUAGAAUAGUUAGGCAAAUUGAAAAUAGUUUUGAAAGAAGUGAGAAUUAGAACAAUGCUGAAACCGCAGCAGAUAUUUGCAGAUGAAUCAAGAGUUUGGGAAAUUUGA